AUGUCGGUAUCCAGCUAAAAAAGGGAAUCUCGUCGUUUUUUUUCUUUUCAUUGUUGCUCCGCGACUCAUUUAUAUUGCCCUUGAGUCAUAGAGAAAGAAUAAACGCCAGGGCUCUUAGAGGUCUUCUAGCAUGAACUGCCUCGCGUUUUUCCCCCACUAUUUCUUCAGUUAUAAUUUGGAAGUAGCUGACGGAACAUCAUCCAGCUCAAUAGAGUGCGUGUGUGUGUUCCAUUCGUAACAAUGAAGGAACUGUCGACGUACGUUAAAAUUGCCAUCAGCUUGGCUGUCGCUUAUUCUUUUUAUCCACACGAUUCAUCAAGACAAUUACCAGCGUUUGUCAGCAGUCCAUUAACACAAUUACAGCAAUGGUUUUUCGAAACUAUCCGGCCACGUAUGGAACGAAAUGUUAUCGCGGUGCCAGAGGCUUUCAUGACAACGCCGGAGAUUAUCGACAAUCGAGGCUAUCCGGUGGAGAUUCAUAACGUCGUCACUGACGAUGGAUACAUUCUCGAGCUCCAUCGCAUACCGUUCGGGAAACGUGAUGCGCAUCGGCCUAAUAGCACGUUCCAGCGUCGAGCGGUUUUCCUGCAACACGGCAUGAUGGGCACCGAUCAUUUCUGGUUGGUACCUACCAGCAACAACUCACUGGCGUUCCUCUUGGCUGACCAUGGCUAUGAUGUUUGGAUGGGAAAUUCCAGGGGGAACACGUACUCACGCAAACACAUCAAUCUCAAUCCCGAUAAAGACGAAGCAUUCUGGGAUUUUUCGUGGGAUGAAAUGGGUCGAUACGAUAUCCCAGCCAGCAUCGAUUACGUUCUCAACGUAACUGGACAAGAGAAAUUAGCUGCUUAUUUUGGCUACUCACUCGGUUGUAGCGUGUUCUUCAUGAGCGCUGCUCAGUACCCGCGAAUGAACGAUCAAGUUGACAUCAUGAUUGGCCUGGGCCCCACUGUCAGCGUGGCGCAUUUGAAUAAUUACUUCCGUUACAUGGCACCGUUCGUGAAUAUCUAUCAACUUUAUCAACGAUUGUUCGGUAUAGGAGAGGUCCACACGAAUAAUGGAGUCUUGCAUUCCGUUACUCGUUUCAUCUGCGAGACUAGCGAACUUGGAGCUAAAUUCGGCUAUUUGUGGCUAUCCCAAAUUUUUGGCUAUUCCGAUGUUUUUGACAAGAUCGAUUAUUACCGUCUGAUCGGACAUUAUCCUGCGGGAGGAUCGGCUAACACCAUGGUCCAUCUUCUUCAAAACUACAAUUUCGGUGAAUCGUUUCUUAAAUUCGAUUAUGGGCCAGAACGAAAUCUGGAACGAUAUGGAACACCAUACCCGCCUGAGUACAAUCUCACGCUGGUGACUGCUCCUGUCUUUUUAGUUCACGCCGACAACGAUCCUUUUGCUCCGCCACAGGAUGUUUCUUGGUUGAAGGGGAAGCUGGGAAAUUUGAAGGGCUCCUUACGAGUGCCGAGUCCAACGUUCAGUCACGGUGACUUUGUAUGGUCACCUCGAGUGGCUGAACUGGUUCACAAACCAGCGAUCGAUCUCCUGUCAUCACCUUUUAUUCAUAAGGAAACUUAUGUCCACAUAUCCGCCUGAGCUUACUUGACAAAUUAUUUUUCGUUACGAUUCAUAGGGUUUGAUUUUUAACUAUUUUUUUAAGGCCAAAGAUUAACGUUUUGCCUUUAGGUUUUCUAUUAAUCCUCGAGAACAAAAAUAGCUAUAUUGUCGAUAUAUAUUUAUUCCCUAACAAACACUUUGACGUGUUGAUAUUCUCCAGCAAAUUGGGACAUCACAUUUGUUCCAGUUUUUUUUUGCGUCUUAUCCUAACACAGUUUAAAUCAGGUUUGGAAGCCUGUGUACUGAAAACCCAACUGUUUGUGACAUUAUGUACACGUGCCAACGAAGAAUAAAUUGCAGUUGCAUUUGCAAUUCAUUGCAACGAGAAA